AUGCAGCAGUGGCGCGCCGCGUCGCCGGCAUCCUCCUCUUCCUUUACGAAUACCGCGACGAUGGCGGCGCGGGCGGCGCCGAGGGAGACGACGGGAGAGCUGCACCAGGAGUUCUCCUACUUUCUGAUCGUCACCUCGGUGCGGGUGCGGGGGCUGCCGGAGGCGCUCGCCGACGCCCCGUUGGCCGUCGAGCUCGUGGCCGACAGCUGCUCGCUCCUGACCGACCCGCUCGUCCCGCUCCCGGCGGAGAAGGAAGACGCGCCGCAGCGCGACCACCUGCCCCCCGCGCGCCGCACGCUUGGCCUCGACCACCUCCGCAUCGUCAUCCCCAUCGUUGCCGCCGGGAGGGGCGGGGGGCUCCGCGAGGCGGCCGGCAGGUGUGUCCCUCCCCUGCACGGCUGCGGCGGCGUCCACGUCGUGCUGCGCACCGCCCACGGCGCGGCUGUCCUUGGCGGCGCGUCGUGCUGUUGCCCCGGCGACUGGUUCCCGCUUGCCCCGUGCGGGGGGGAGGCGCAGGUGGGGUUUAAGGUCUACCGCCAGCGGGACAGCGGGGUGGCGCGGUCGCCGGGGUCCGGGCAGCUGUUUCUCGACGGCCAGGCGGAGUUUCUGGGCUCCGUCUCGCAGCGCGAGGCCGACCUCUCGGAGCGUGCGUCGGUGGCGACGGAUGAGGGCACGGGCGCCCACCUGCCCACGACCCGGGCGGUGCUGAAUGUUCGACAGGUGCACUCCGCCGGGGCCACGCCGAGGCAGCGCCUGGAGUGCGGCAAACGGAAGCCGCAGCCGCUAGACCUGGCCUCCGGCGACCCGGACUGCGCCGGCAAGACGAGCCGCUCCGCCGCGGGGUGCCUGCUCUCGGCGGGCCCGCACGUGUCCCUCAUGGAGGACGCGGCCGACACCGGGCACACUUCAGCAAGCGGCGGGACGCAGAGUGGGAGGAGCGUGCGGAUGCGCGAGUGCCAGCCGCGCAGCCUUGUCUUCUCGCACAUCCAGGUGAGUGGGUUUCACCCCAUUUCGUCCAACGGCAGCUGGCGGCUGGAGUUCACUUGGCCGCAGCACAAGGUGUCUCCAAUGCGACGGACCGUGCAGAUUCCGACAAACGUGGACGCGAAUGGCGCGGUGGCGGUGCACGAGACGCUCUCCAUUGACCUCCCGCUAUUCAUGCGUGGGGAGGUCCAAACCUGCAUGCACGCGGUGUGGUUCGGCAGCAGCAGCAACGACCCCAAAACGCGCUUGUACCUGCAGGUGGAGUUUGACCCGCUUCUGGCGGUCGUGCGGGAUCAUGAGAUGCGCUGGGAGGAGUGCCGCCGCCACUUCCCCAUGCUGAUGGAGGGGCUCCCUCUCACCGUGACGGAGCUCUGCGUGCGGCUCGUGGUGGGGUUAGAGUUCUACGAGCCCCAGCGCGAUGGCCAGAACGGCCGCCCCACGAGCGCGUUUCCCCGACACCGCGGCGAGAUGGCGUCCGCAGCAACCGCGGCAGCCGUGGGCGAGAGUGACGAGGAGGAGCGGGAGGUGAACGACCUGGAAGAGCAGGAGGAGCAGGAGGAGUUGACUAGAACGACGGCGGCGGCGGCGGCGGUGACCCCGCCCUCUGCCGACGCGGCAGUUCACACCGUCUGCCAGCCAGCGGGGCAGACGGGCGCUGGUCACGGUUUGCCUGCAGGUGGUAGGCCGGGCACCUCACCGGAGAGCGAGGCACACGCGGAGGCGCCGGCGCCGCCCCAACGAGAACAGCGGCAGCAGCGGGGUGGGACGCGGUCACUCUCGCCGCGGCGCCCCACGCCGGCGGCGUCCUUGUUUCCCGAGGUGGAGAGUCUAGUGCCGUGCUACAGCGACGAGCAGCGGGAGGAGGUGUUUCGUGCGUACGACACGGAGAACUGCGGUCGCAUGACGCUCGAGCAACUUUUGCACUUCUGCCGGGCGCAUGUGGCGUUGUACGACGGCGUGGAUAAUGACGUCAGCAUCCUGCGUGGGCUGCGGCCGUAUGUGCCGUGCGCGGCGCACCGGUGCCACACCAGCACGCACUUCUCCUCCCCCUCUUCCCGCCUCCUCCCCGCCGCAGUGGGCGCUGCGCGGCCGGAGCACGCGUCCGCCGCGGCGCUCGCGGAGUUCGCAGGGUGCGAGUCGGAGGGCAUCACGUACGGCGUCUUUGAAAUCAUCGCCCUGCGACUCGCCAGCAUGUAG